AUGCAUUCUUUACAUUAUAACAAUGGAUCUAUUAAAUUAACUCGAGAACGAGUAACAAUGGUUUCUCGAUGGGAAUCUAAUGAAGUUGCUAGAUGGAUAGCUGGUUUGGCUGGUAUUCAACCAUAUAUUAGUGAAAUAUUUCUUAAGUAUAACAUAAACGGAAGUGCAUUAGAAACUCUUCUACGACACGAUCUUAUUCGUAUGGGUAUUACAAAACUUGAUCAACAACUUAUUUUAAUUCAAUCUAUUGAUCUUCUUCUCACUUUAAUAACUCGUUUAAAUAGUGAAACUCUCGCUUUACUAUUUAUGCGCAUACAUUGUACUACUAUAACAUGUUUUAAUCUAUUGAAACGAUUCGAUGAGUCAACCAAUGAUAAUAGUCAAGUGAUGGGUUCGCCGGAAUUUUAUUCAUCUAUAAGCAAUCUAUCAAAUGCAAUUGUUGAGACUUGUCAUUGGCUUGGAAGAUUGCCUUUUAUUGAAAAUGUAGAAUAUAUUGAUUUACGAAGAGAAAUAAUCAAAUCUCUUGUUCAGAUACGUCUUUCAAUUCGUAAGUUACGAAUUGUCGAUCAAAUUAAUAUGCCAAAAUCAAAACUAAUUUUCGAAAUUAAUAAAUUACGAACAAAUGCUAUUUCAUUAGUUCGUCAGAAUAAGGAUUCGUUAUUUUCGUCCGAUUGUUAUUUAACUCGAGUUAAUCUCCGACGUCCGAAUAAAGAUGAUGUGAAUAUUGAAUAUACAACAAUGCCUGAUUUUACACAUAUUAUAUCAAGUAUUGAAACAGAAGCUGUAGGUUAUAUGGGAUCGGGUUUUAAUGCGAUUAAUAUUGGCGAUGAAAUUGUUGAGAUUAACAAUCAAGUUGUGAUCGGUUGGGAUCCAAUACAUUUUAAUGAAUUACUUCGUUCAUCACCACGUCCGAAUGAAAUCUGUUUACUAGUCAAAAAAAUGCCUCGACAUAACGAUGAUGAAAUUUAUACGAAACGUCUUGCUGAUUUAACACCGAAUCCUCGACGUACGCGUGCUCGUGGUGCUUUAGAACGAAUGAAACAAACAGAAGAUAAUCGAACAAGACUGCUUGAACAAGAACGAGAGAUUGAUGUGGAAAGUGAUGACGAAACUCUUUAUCAAAGUAAACGUUCUUCUCAAAUCAAACGUGAUCAACAUUCAUCAUUACCGGAUCUUACUGAAUCCAUUACAAACAGUACGAGUACAAGCGAAAUCAAUCAAAUCUCCGAUCAUAGUGAGCCAUCGUCAUCAACAUCAUCUAUAUCUGCAAUUGCAAAUUCGUCAUCAACAACUCCUCAUAAAAAGAAUUCGAAACGAAAGAAUAGCGAGCGACCACAAUCUGUCGGUGGUAGUUCUGCAUCGCCCGAUGCAACACCGAAAAGUGCAAGAAGAUCGGGUCUUGAAUCUUAUUUUAUAGCAUUGUUUCGUCCACGCCAAGAUGUUAAAUCAGUUAUUCCCGAAUUGAAUAAUCAGCCCCAGUUAGUAAAUCUCAAACGUAUUGAUUCAACUCCCGUACCAAAUUCUGCAAGUAAUACUAUAACACCAGUUCAAGAUGAGCAAACUGUAGCAUCAUCUCCGCCAUUACUACCGAAUGAUUUGGAUAAACACGGUAGCCAAAGCAGUUUACAAUCAUCAACUCUAACAUCUUUUUCGAAUAUUUUUAAAUCACCAGAGCAACGAUCUCAACGACCGAGUGUUGACAAUGCAAAAAAUAUGACCUUCCGAAAUGAGCUUAAAAUGGAUAUUGGAUCGUUUUUUGGAAACCAUGGCAUUGUUGCCAAUAAACCGCCAUUGAAUCACAGCGAUAGCCGAAAAAAUUCUGUUGUUACGGAACGAUCUCGUCCAAAGCGUAAACCAUCAUAUAGAAAAAUCUCGUGUAAAGAUUUGGGUAAAGGCGAUUGUGAAGGUUUUCUUCAUCGUUAUUUGCCAAAAGGAACACUUUCGAUUGUACAAUGGCGACUCUAUUGGUGUGUUCUAAAAGGUGGUACUUUAUAUAUAUUUAAAUCAAAAGAUGAUAAAAAUCAAGAGGUGGAAAUAAAACUUGAAGGAAAAAAUGUAUCACCGGCACCAGAACGAAGAAAAUAUGGUUUUCGUAUUGCUGAUGAAAGUAGUAAAUAUCGUGAAUAUUUCUAUUGUUCAACACGCGAUGAAAUGGCUAAAUGGAUGAAUAAAAUGGGUUUAGCUGCGAUUAAUUUCAAUAUCGACGACUCGAAAAUCGGUGGUUUUCAUAAAGGUUUUGUUGAUUCACGCGAAGGAUCACCGGCAUCAACUAUUAGUGCAUUAUCAUCAACGAAUAAACAAACUAUGAUGCCUACUGGAUCAGCUGGUGAAAGUGAAAAUGAUUCAGAUAAAGAUUCGACUGCAUCAUGGCAUAAAUCAACAUCACGGCUGAGUAGCGUUUCCGAUACCGAAUCAUCGAGAGACAAAAGUGAUAAACGAGCUGAUUUAUCAUCUGUUGCUCGUCAUGCACGUUCGUCUUCAUCAGCUUCAAUUCUAUCCGAUACACAUAAUAGUUCGAUAGUUUGUCCAUCGAAUCGUUUUGUUGGCCAAAUAAAUACAUCAUCCAGUAAAGGUCAUCAUCGAACAUCUAGUUCACCAGUAUCGUUUCCAACGUCGUACGACGAUGAUCAAGACAAUACUUACGUGAAUGCAGCACCAAGACUUUCGGAUUCUGAUUCAUCCAAUGAACUUCCAUAUCAACGAAUGUUUAUUAACAGUCAAGUUCUGAAGGAUAAUUCAACACAAGAACUAUUUCAAUAUUCUCUAAAUGAUCAAAGUAAAAUGUUAAAUUCUUCGGGUGGCUGUGCCACUGAAAUAGCGGCUCACCUGUCUUCAUUGAAUGAUAAAACGCCCUCGUCAUCUCCACGUCGACCUUCGAGUAGUAGUGGUCUACAUCUUGACGAUGAAGAAUUUUCAUCACAUAAAAGGGAUAACCUUGAAAUAAUCGCAAAUUCAUCUUCUUCUUCAUCAGCAGCUACAUCUCCACAACCCUGUUCACCUGCUGUUGUUCGCACUGCUCCAUUGUACGUGUCUGUUUAUACGUCUACUCCUCCGAUUCCUCUUGUCAAAGGUAUUAUGGCAAAAUCAAUUCCGGCAACCGAUGAUGAUGAACUAUUUUUUACUCGUCGUUCACCAUCACCAAAAACACCAACAAUGUUGAAAACUACUGAACAGUUAAGCAAUAAAAAUCCCCCAUCAAAAUUUAAAUAUCAAUAUUAUGGCUCUAGACCGCAAUAA